AUGACUAAAGCACAGUACGAGGCACCAAAGGAGUCUUCCAUACCCAAUUUUUUUGUAAACAUUGACAAGAGUAUCGUUGCUGUCAAUCUCACUCCCUUCACCUCAUCACCUUCUUCACCUUUUGAGAGGAAACCCUUUACCAACCCGUGGAUAACGUACCUCUGCCUUUGUGAAAACUGCAAAACUAAAUUACGUCUUCAUAGAUCCAGUAAGACUUUUAUUCCCUAUGAAAGCUUGCCUAGGAUUACCGAAUUCAAGGACCAGAGAUGCCAGAAGGAAGAGAUGAACCUAUGGUUUCAUAAGAAUUGGGCGCUUCAGUUCCCUGCUUCAGUUUCUUUGUUGCUGUGCUGCGAGGCUCAUCCGUGCGGACACGAAAUGAUUUCAAGUGGUACACCCGUUCUAACCCAUGUGGAAAAAGGGAAAGAAAUCAGAGUUCCACUGCAUACGGAUGAGAAGUCUGAGCAAGCUAAUGGAACUCCUUCUCUGACCUCAGUCGAAGACGUCACAGCAAAUCAACUUGCGGACAGCGGCGUUCACAACGAGGAGCCCACGUUUCAACGCAAUCUCCGAUAUGCCAAACAGUUACUGAUGCUUAUCCUCGCGACACAAGGACACGUGAACCUGGGGAUGAUCGUCUCGUGGUCCAACGCCCUCGUGGCGGACCUUCGGGUGGACAACGCCACGCUCCUCGGGACGCAGAUCGCGUUCACCGACUGGGAGAUGGACAUGACAGGCAGCUUGCUCUUCAUCAGCACCGCCUCCACCUUCCCCUUCGCCGGGUGGCUGGUGGCGAGGGUGGGUCGUCGGCGCCCCAUGAUGCUGUUCUGCGUGCCUGGCGUCGUCGGCUGGACCUUCUGCGCUCUCGCCUCCGACCAAAAACUGGUUCUUGUCGGCAGAUAUUUCACAGGCGUUAGCGCUGCCAUCCUUGGAGCCGCCGUCCGGACUUACCUGGUGGAGGUGGCUGACACGGGCAUCCGCGGCGCCGCCAGCAUGCUCCCUGAGGUCAUGAAGGGCCUGGGGGCCAUCGCCAUCAUCGCCGCCGGGAUGCUCAUGCCCUGGUACUACCUGGCCUUCAUGUGCGGGGCGCAGAUCCUCUUCUACAGCUGUCUGAUCGUGCCCUUCUUGCCCGAGAGCCCGUCCUACCUGGCUGUCGCGGGCGAGGAGGGCGAGGCGCGCCGGGUUCUCCGUAGCCUCCGCGGCCCGGCCGUCAGUCUCGACAAGGAAAUUCAGAAGCUGAAGGAAGAGAAUCGUCGUUCCUCCAGCGACAGCUCGAUGUGGGCAAUCUUCUCGGAUUCGCAGGUCGUGAAACGCAUCCUGAUCAUAACCGGGAUUUUCUUCAUCUCUAACUUCAGCGGGAGUGAAGUGAUCAGAGUCAACGCCACAAGAAUGUUGCAAACGUCAGGGUUAGCAAUGGACGGGGAAAAGAGCACCAUCGUCGUGUUUUCCGUCUUGCUGUGUGGUAAUAUCGUCGGCUUUUUCCUCCUCGACCGGCUGGGACGUCGGUGGAGCGUGGCGCUGUCCUUGGUCCUCGUGGCGAUCUCCCACGCUGCCAUGGGCGUCUACGUCUAUUUCGACGAAGCGGAUAAUGUGCUCGCUACGGUCGACGUCGUUCCACUGGAGUCUGGCAAUAUGACUAGUCGUUUGAAUGAAUAUUUUACAGAUCAAAGUGUGAGUACAAAAGAUUUUACUUGGGUCCCACUCGCAUGCCUCAUGCUGGCUGCUUUUAGUGCCAACCUUGGCGUUGCUCCAGUGCCAUGGAUUUUGUCCGUCGAAUACUUUCCUACUUCGAUCAGGUCCCAGGUGAUGGGAGUAAGCACAAUGAUAGGAAAUCUGAUCAGCUUCGCGGUACUACAGGCCUAUAGUCCUAUGCAGGCUGCGUUCACCCAAGCCGGUCUGUAUUGGUCUUAUGCUAGCGUGGCCGCCUUGGGCAUCAUCUAUACCUUCUGUUUCGUCCAGGAGACUAAAGGUCGUAGAGUAGGCUGAUAUUUGUGUAAUAGACUAUCUAAAUAUUUGUGGUGAUUGAGAACAUUUACGAAAUAAAAA